CGUUUUACGACAGAAGCUGCAGAGCGCCGGUGUUUCCCGGUAACCGGCUCCUGACAACUGUUGCUGUGGUUUCAAGAACGUCACACGUUUUCUGAUGUUAUUAUGGGCUUCGGUUUCAGUCGGUUGAAAUCCCUGGAAGGUUACUGAAAUGGGACUGGAAGUUUUAUUGUAUGUGCCUAAUUUAAUUGGUAAGGUAAAAAUGCCUGCGUAAUCUUUAGAUGUACUUUUAUGUGUGUUUUGCUUAUUAUCGUGAUAGUCAACGUCUCAUUAAAAUCUCAUUAUUUUCAGGUUAUGUCCGGGUCCUUUUAGUCCUUGCAGCAUGGGCUGGUUUCAACAACCCGGAGAUUUUUGUGCCGUGCUAUGGCAUUUCUGUCGUAUUGGACGGGGUCGAUGGUUUUGUGGCGCGCCGCCUCCAGCAGACCUCCGAACUGGGAGCAUGGCUGGAUGUAGUCAUUGACAACACUGGACGGGGGAUGUUAUGGAGCAUGCUGUUUCAGUGGGGUUGGCUGGUGCCCUCAUUGGAGUGGAAUGUGUUCGUGUGUAAUCACAGAGUCCGUGGUGCCGAGUGGAAAUGCUCCUUCUCUGACAGUCCUCGCUGGGUCCAGGCUGUCAUGGCCAACAGUUUUAAAAGUCCUCUCGGAGUCCUGGCGAUCAGUGGUCUACACAUUCUGCCUGUGUGGCUGUAUGGUCUCCAGAUGGGCAUCCUUACCCAGAUCCUCCACCUGCCAGCCUGGCUACAAACUCUGGGAACCCUCUUACUCUCCAUGGGCCGGCUGCUGUGCCUUUCUGUGGAGGUAGGUGGAUACAUGGAGUGGAGCACGACUGUUGGCUAUGGAGAUAAAUUGGUAGUUCAGCAAAUAAUCAAAUUUUCAGGUUCUAUAAUUCAAAGAUGAGUAUUUAUGCUGAAAUACACAGUAGGAGUGCCAGUUUGUACUUGAGCAUCUGGGGGCUUCCACCUGCUCCAUCGUGGAAUCCAAUAACCUCCUAGUCAUCUCUUUCAGAUAUGGUGCAUCUGGACUCAUGUCAGGUUCCUCACCAGAAAUGAGACGCUGCUAAAAAAGGUGGAGUGAGAGGAGCAAGAUUAUUAUAACCGAACCUACAUCCUACUAGUAAAGGAUCCAGUAGGACAUAAUUGCACUUGGCCUGUCAGAGCUUCGCUUCCAGGACCGGAAUGCUUAGAGAAGCAAUCUGCCUGCUAGUAUGUUAUUUAUACAAUGUGUUCCUUUUAAGCCGGCCACAAAGGAAGGUUUGAUUCUGUUGAGAACAUGAAAAAGUGGCAUGUACCCACGCGUAAGCUGCUUUGCAUUGUUCAUAGACGUUUUAUAAUAAUUUUAGUGCUUUUGAAGGUAACUCCAAAAUAGGAAUAAAACAUACCUAAAAUAUU